GCUUCUUUUAUCUGCGGGUAUAGAUGCUGUUUGUUAUUAUAUAAAAGUGUUGGAGUUUUUUCGAUUUACUUGUAGCUUGUAGAAUGUAGAAAAUGUGGCUGUCUCAUAGACUAAUAACUAGUGGGAUCUUAUUGCGGUUGAGUAUGGUAGGCGAAUAAAACGGGUAAACAUUGAAUGUUCGGAUCGUGCAUGGCGAUUGGAGAAGUAAAGCUUGCAGCUAAAAGCACAACUUCUGUAUCUGCCUUUAAGUCCUGUCUUCCGUGUCGGUAGUUCGGUAGUCAAGUCAAAAUCAUAGGUGAACUGGUGCUAUUUGUGCUCCGGAAUUUCGUUAACCAUUAAUACAUUCCCCGGAUUUUUCCCCAAAUUCCAAGCAAAUUCACAUUUGAUACAAAUUAUAACUAAUUUUAAUUGCUUAGGAUAACCAACUGCCCAUUAGAGACUACUUUUACGAACAAAGACGUGUGUUUAAGUGAUUCAAUGUUUUUUUCUUCGACUUUUGUUUCAAAAUGGAGUAGUGAUUUUUGUUGUCAUUUGGUCCGAAGAAAGAACGUGGUGUGCAAUUAACAUUUGAACGUGCAUAUUUUAUAUAUUUGGAUUUACUUACACUAGUACACAUAGUCCUUCGGUGGCUUGGAAGGCGUAAGAAGAACUACAAGUCACAACAUAGUCCCUGCAACUAAAUAUUCCUGGGUUCUAAACAAUUCAAUGUAAAUAACAUUUGUGUACCGGCGAGUCCCAACGCCUGAAGACUUUGCUCCAUAAUAUUAAGCAGAGUCUCCUGCUUCCUAUGCAUAGCAUUCUGGAUGUUUUCCACAGGGCCCUCAGUUCAGGAAUCACAUGUGGAUAAAAUGUUCAAUGGAUUAUAAAAUGUGAUGCAUAUCUACGCUGAGACGUGGACAGGCCUGCUCCUGGGCAUGCCUGCACUCAGGCCACCGCCAUCGAGUUACCCGCGGGUAUGGUAGGGUUUUGGAGUGUGGGAUUGGCAGCAGCGGCCUGGCUGUGUCUGGCUGCAGGGCUGCCGAAGGGGCUCUCCGGAUUUCGAUCACCCUUGCCCAGCUCUGGUGUUCUCUUGGCCCAAUACCCUCGAGCUGGUGAACCUUCACUUCGACUCUCUCACAUGGCCAUCGAUCACAAGACGCGUAGGAUUUAUGUCGCAGGUGUUAAUGUUCUUCUUCAACUGGAUCCAAAUUUAAACUUGGAACACAUCGUCGAAACCGGCCCCAAAAAUGACAGUCCUCUUUGUCAUGCCACAGGCUGCACUACAGAUAUAUCCGUCUCCCUUAUGGACAAUUACAACAAAGUUCUUCUUGUGGAACCCGAAUCGCGAAGUCUAAUUAUGUGUGGAUCCUUGUACCAAGGUGCUUGCUCCAAGUUUCGUCUUAGCAAUAUCAGUGCCGAGGCCAUAUUCAUACCAAGAAGUGUUGCAGCCAAUGAUGUGAACGCGUCCACAUACGCAUUUAUCGGUCCGAAAAGUUAUAACCCUUGGGGUCGAUCAAAUAUUCUUUACGUGGGAACUACCUUUACGAACCAGGGUGAGUAUCGACAUGAUGUUCCAGCUAUUGCCAGUAGGGAUUUGGACACGAUGGAGUAUGCAGAAGAUUCGUUCAGCAAACAGUCCAUGGUUCAAAUUGAUGUCAAAUACAGAGAUCAUUUUAUUAUACAAUACAUAUAUGGCUUCAAUGCAAGCGAUUAUGCGUAUUUUGUAAUCGUACAAAAGCAAUCUCAUCUUCCGGGACAAGAAGAGCAAGGAUAUGUAUCGCGAUUAGCCAGAACUUGUAUCAACGACCCCAACUAUGAUAGUUAUACAGAAGUGACUUUACAAUGCGUAGACGGUGAUGAAAAAUAUAAUCUCGUUCAGGAUGCCAAAGUAACGUUGGCGGGGGAGGAACUGGCCAAUGCCAUGGACAUCGAAAUAAAUUCUCCUGUUUUAAUAGCCGCAUUUAGACCAGCUAAAGGAAUUACCAACGAACCCCAAAACCACUCAGCACUAUGCAUAUUUUCUAUGCGGGAUAUCGAGAAUAAGUUUAUAGAGAAUAUACACAUGUGCUUUAAUGGCAGCGUGAAAUAUAGGAAUAUGGGUUAUAUCUCCGGUCCCGUAUUAGACGGGAAAUGUCCAACCAGUGGAUCUGCUGGGAACAUUCCGAAUUUUUGCGGAGACGUAGGUUUGAAAAUUAGUGGUAUUACUCCCAUUUCUACCAAUGCAGCGCUUACCUUCCCUAAUAUUUCGUUAUCUGCUGUUGCAACGGCCUCAACCGGGAGACAUGUGAUGGCCUUUUUGGGCACUACCGAUGGAUUCAUCAAGAAAGUGUUACUUAACGGACCAUCUCCUCCUGAGUAUGAAGAAGUACUUGUUGAUUCGUCAAAUCCGAUUUUGCCCGAUACCACGCUUUCAUCGACAGGGGACUACCUUUACGUUCUAUCAGCAACAAAGGUUUCUAAAAUAAAUGUGGAGCAUUGCAGCACCUACACAAAUUGCUCUGCUUGUUUAGACUCCAAGGACCCUUAUUGCGGUUGGUGUUCGUUGGAAAAACGAUGUACGAUAAGAAGUGCCUGCCAAAAGGCAUCACAUAGUGCUCCUCGUUGGUUGUCUUUAGGUACUGGUCAACAGUGUAUAGAUUUUGAACAAGUUCAGCCAGAGCGAAUACCAAUCAAUCAAAUGACUACCGUCCGUUUAACUAUAAGAACUCUGCCAGAGCUGCCGUAUGGCGCUAAAUAUAAAUGUGUUUUUGGGUCGUCAGAUCCCAUAGACGCUCAAGUUACAGAAUUUGGACUUAGUUGCCCAACUCCAGAAAUUAAUCGGAGGCCAAAAAUACCGGCAAAAACUGACCACAUUUUAGUGCCGCUCAGUGUGCGGUCCUCGGAAACAAAUAAAGAUUUUGUCUCAAGGAAUUUCGCAUAUUAUGACUGUGAAAAGCAUACAACGUGUGGAGACUGUGUCCGGUCGAAAUGGGCCUGCAACUGGUGCGUCUAUGAAAAUAGGUGUACCCAUAAUAUUUCCAAUUGCCAAAGGAAUGUCAUUAGCGGAGAAAACAAUUCAAAUAUUCUUCCAAACCAUGGCUACGCUUAUUGCCCGCAAUUUAAGAAACGUGAUGUGAUACUCCUCCCUAAUAACGUUUUGAAAGAAAUUGUAUUUGAAGUAAAAAAUUUACCCCAUCCACAAGCCGGCCACUUUGGCUUUCAGUGUAUAGUAGUUAUAGAAGGUGCUACUAUGUUAGUUCCUGCCAGAGUCGAUGCAGACAAAUAUAUUGUAUGUGAUAAAACGACGUAUUCGUACGAAGCCAACGAAGGAGAACAUGAGGCUAGUGUUAAAGUAGUAUGGAACAGAAGUCAUCAUAUAGAUUCUAUUAAUAUUAUUUUAUACAAAUGUGAUAUAUUAGGUUCUCAUAGAGAACACGCUGAUUGUUCGUUGUGUGUUACCAGAAAUUCCAAAUACCAGUGCACCUGGUGUGGUAACUCGUGUCAGUAUGCAGACACAUGUCUGCAUACACCACAUAUUGAGUGCCCUCGGCCUAGAAUCGAUGUGAUUAAACCGUUAAGUGGUCCUAUUGAAGGAGGAACUCUUGUAACAAUCGAAGGCAGUAAUUUAGGGUUAAAAAAAGAAGACGUUCAAGGAAAAAUAAGAAUAGGUGACGUGCCAUGCAAACUUGUUAACUACGAAGUGUCGGUGAGAAUUCAAUGUGUGACAGGGCCUUCUAGGACUGAGCAUGCUGCUCCUAUUAUAGUUGGAAAUGAAGCAGGAUAUACGAAAUCCACUGUAGAAUUUAGUUAUCAGGAUAUAAAAUUGACCGGAAUUUAUCCAUCUGUCGGCCCACAGAGUGGAGGCACUUUAGUAGCAAUUACUGGCAAAUAUUUGAACAUAGGAUCUGAAAUAACUGCUUAUUUGGAUAAUAAUAUAUGUACAGUUAAUUUGACACAGGCUUCAAGUGGUAGAUUGACUUGUAUAACUUCACGAGCCUCAAAAGUAGCUAAUAUCGCCAAAUUAACAUUAAGUAUAGAUGGUGCUAAUCGUACUUUAGAAGGAAAUCCUUUCAACUACACUCAAGACCCUACUAUUAUGGAAAUUAAACCGUUGAAUAGUUUUGUAUCUGGUGGAAAAAUGAUUUUUGUCCACGGUACUAACUUGGAUAGCAUUCAAAGGCCAGAAAUGGAGGUGUAUUCUUACGGCGAUACAAACAUUCCUUUCAAUAGUACCAUUUGUACUGUGCUCAGCUCCACCCAAAUGGAAUGCCCCAGUCCUGCUGUUAAUAGAGUAUUUGAAUCGUACAGAAUGCGCGCCAAACGAAGUUUGAAAACUCUAGCGGCUAUAAAGAUGAGGGAACCAAAACUGAUUCUUAAAGUCGGUUUUAUCAUGGAUAAUGUGCAAGCAGUGCGAAAUUUGGAAAAACAUUUUCCCAAUUUACGAUCAUCGAUUCUUUACGUAGACGAUCCCAAGUUUAUUCAGUUUCCAAAUCAAAUUAAGCUCUACAAAGGGGACACUCUUGUCAUAGAAGGGGAAAACCUGAACGCUGCAAGUGACGAAACUGAUGUCGUAGUCACCAUAGGUACUAAGCCGUGCAAUGUAACCAGUUUGGCUAUGAGCCAACUUGUAUGUUCACCGCCUGAAAUGCAGCCUCCGGAUACCGAUGAAAACCAUGUCAAAACUGAAACAAAUCUGCCGUUGGUUGUUGUGCGAGUAGGCAAAAGUUUGAGGUUUCCCAUAGGCUAUUUAAAAUACGACUUGUAUAAAACGUUCGCUUUUCCUCCAGAGGCGAUCAUUUUGAUUACAGUUUGCAUUAUAUUGUUUGCUUUUUUCUUCGUGGCCGUACUUUUUGUAUACCGCAGAAAAUCUACCCAAGCAGAACGAGAGUACAAACGCAUUCAAAUUCAAAUGGAUACAUUGGAAAGUAAUGUUCGAUCCGAGUGCAAGCUAGCUUUUGCUGAACUGCAAACGGAUAUGACGGAUCUGACUGCUGAUCUGGAAAAUUCCGGCAUUCCAACCUUAGAUCACACUACGUAUAUAAUGAAAGUGUUCUUCCCGGGUGUUAGUGACCAUCCUAUAUUAAAUGCACUUAAGGUGAGGCUUAAUGGGCCUAAGACGAAUUAUGAUGCCGCUAUGUUGCAGUUUGAUCAGUUGAUCAAUAAUAAAUACUUUAUUCUGACUUUUAUAGAUAUUUUAGAAGAUCAGAAAUCGUUCAAUAUCAGAAACAAAGUGAAUGUAGCUUCAUUGCUGAUGGUAGUGCUAAUGGAUAAAAUGGAGUACGCAACUGAUAUUCUGAAAAGCUUAUUAUUACGUUUAGUAGAGAAAUCUGUAAAUAGUAAGCACCCUCAGCUAAUGCUACGCCGUACAGAAAGUGUAGUCGAAAAAAUGUUAACAAACUGGAUGGCGCUGUGCAUGUAUCACUAUCUCAAGGAAUAUGCUGGAUCGUCCUUAUUUGUGUUAUUUAAAGCCAUUAAGCACCAAAUUGAAAAAGGUUUAGUAGAUGCCAUAACACAUGAUGCAAGAUAUUCGUUAUCCGAAGAAAGACUGUUAAGAGAAAAUGUUGAGCACAGCUCAGUUACCUUGCACAUAGUUCAAGAUGAUCUGGACGAAAAAAUUCAAUGUAAAGUUCUUGACUGUGAUACUAUAAGCCAAGUUAAAUCUAAAAUUCUGGAUGCUUUAUUUAAAAAUACACCGUUUUCGUUGAGGCCGUCCAUACAUGACGUUGAUUUAGAAUGGAGGCAUGGCAGAGGUGGACAUUUGACUCUUCAAGAUGAAGAUCUUACGAGCAAGAACAUAGGAGGGUGGAAAAAGCUGAAUACCUUGGAACACUACGGUGUGAAAGAGAGUGCAGUUAUGUCAUUAAUAGCCCGACAAAACGAUAGUUAUACAAAUUGUAAACAACCUUGCCACAAUUGUGUGUCAAGUAUGUACCUAAACCAUUCGCAGACUCCCAUAAUUUCUCAUCCAAACGGGGACGUGGAAGCUCCAAACUAUCCUAGAGUUUUUCACUUGAUCAAACCAAUUGAGGAUCAUCAUUUUCCUAGCAACCGGGUGCCUCAUGAACGAACUCAUAAAGCUAUACCAGAAAUAUUUUUAACUAGGUUAUUGUCAACUAAAGGUACUAUUCAAAAAUUCGUUGACGACUUUUUUAUGACUAUACUUACUGUUAAUGACGCUUUACCACCUGCCAUUAAAUGGCUUUUUGAUCUUUUGGAUGAAGCAGCUAGAAAACAUGGUAUUCAGGACCCCGAGGUGGUUUAUGCAUGGAAAUCAAAUAGUCUUCCUUUAAGAUUUUGGGUUAACUUUAUAAAAAACCCGGAUUUUAUUUUCGACAUUAAUAAAACGAAUACUUUAGACUCAAGUUUGUCGGUUAUUGCACAAACAUUUAUGGAUGCCUGCUGUACAACGGAACAUAGAUUAGGAAAGGAUUCACCGUCCAAUAAGCUUUUAUUUGCUAAGGAUAUAUCAAGAUACCGAGAGAUGGUAUCACAAUUUUAUGCAGAUGUAGCAAUGCUACCCGUUAUGACAGACCAAGAAAUGGGAUCAGCUAUGCAGCAACUGUCAGCUCAGCAAGCUGAAGAAUUCGAUACGGUGGCAGCUUUGAAAGAAUUAUAUAUUUACGUUGCGAAGUAUAGAGAACCAUUGCUGGAGGCCCUCUCGUCCGAUCCCAUUUGCUGGCGGUUGAAUUUGGCUCAGAAAUUGGAGAGUAUCGCCUACACACUGGGAGGGGAGGAUACAUCGGGAUGCUGACCUCAUGAGUCACCUGAUCAGCUACUGCUUCAUUCAUUGGCAUCUUGACUGCACACUGAGCACACGCACGUUUUUGUUGACAGUAUUAAUGAAGUUUUAGUUUUGCUCGGCAUGUCUCACAAUAGUUGAAAAUUUUUAUAUUUAGCUCUCUAUCCAUCCACCAAUCCAAUAGUUAAAGAAUUGCAAAUCUUUGUAUAUUUGUCCAUUCUAUUCAAUCUAUAAUUCAUAAUGUAUUAUUAAAGUAAAUUUUUCAAUUCCGUUCUAAUUUGAAUUUUUUUGGCAUCUUAUAUGGGUUUUGAGUACAUACAGGGUGUUCGGAUAAUGUGUUAGUAAAUUUUUAAGGGUGAUUCUACAUGCUAAAAUAAUGGUAUUAAUUCAUGAAACAAAAAUUCGAAAUCUGAAAAGUUUCCGAGUUACAGCUCAUCAAACUUCCUUUUUUUCUUUCAAUUUUUUAUCUAUUCUGGACAUUUCCUCGCGAAUCAAUUUGGAAAUCGGUACAGAGUUUAGGCUUAGUGAUCUACAACUUUCUGAUAAAAAAUUGUGUCUCCACUUUACCACUAGAUGAUCUGAAAUCCAAAUUAAAUGUUUCGUAUAUCUUUUUUGCCACGCCAAAUAUCGCAAAAAGUAAUGUGCUAUUUUAAAGGUUAGAAAGCACUAGCCAAAAAAUGUGCUCUUCACAGGACUCAAAAUACCUCUUCGUUUGGUAGCAAAUCGACAUUAAAGUUUUUAUCACUUUCAAACCAGUAUACUUGGAUUUAAUUACAAUCGCGGUAAAUCAAGUCAUCUGGUUUUAAAAUGUCCCAAAUUUGAAAAUAUAGUAAUUGUUGUAUCACUGUUCGAUUUAAACUAAAUUUUUACCGAUCGACAUUUGUACCGAUUUUCAAUUUUAUACGCGAAGAAAUGUGCAGAAUAGGUCAAAAAAGAAGUUUGACGAGCCGUAACUCGUAAAAUAUUCAGAUAUCGAAUUUGUCUUACAUGACUUACUAUCAUUAUUUUAGCAUGAACAAUCACUCUUAAAAGUGUUCUCACGCAUUAUUCAAACACCCUGUAAUAACUUUGUUAAUUUUCAAUAUAGUUUAGUUUAAGUCUCCUGAAUAAAAAAAUAAGGCUUUAAUCUUUAACUGAACGAUUGAACAUUCAAUACAUAUUAAUCAUUCCUACAGCUCAAAACAACGCGGAAAUUCCUAAUAACAUUUUUUCACUGGAGAAACGCUGUCACACUCAGUCCAUGGGAAAUAUAAUUACUGCAUAGCAUAUAAUGACUGGAACUGUUUUACAAAUGGUAUAUUUUAUAUUUAUUAGAGAAGCGACUAAUUUAGGGAAUAUUUUAUCUAUGGGAAAUAGCUGAAAGCGAAGCUCCCUCCGAAUGUCUCAAUGUCGCGAAAUUUACAACGUUUAUUUCGUCAUAAAACUUUAAGUUUAUUAUCAAGUUAAGAGUAAUUUGUGUUGCGAUAUGUCGAAAAUAUUUGAAAUUCCAUAUUUUGUGACAGCAGAAACCUUAUCAAAUUUGAAUGCAACGAUUUUUAUCUUUUUUUUGUUAACGAAGCAGCUGUAUAUUUAACUGUGUUAUUCUGUGAUAUGGCGCAUGAUCAGGUGACUGACUAUUCCAUGGAUGUGUACUUACCCUCCAGCGGUCACUAGUUUCCUUCCUGAGUGCCUCGCUACGCUGAUGGGACGAAAAGUGGAUAGUGUAUUGCGCGCGCACAACACUCUAAAAGGCAUUUUAAAACAACAGCGCACUUUGAAGGCUCUCUUUUGUUUUGCAGCAUCUAAUCUACUUGAAUUUGAUAAAUAUUCUCGAAGGAAACAAAGGAGAGUGUCAAAUAUCGUUCGGUCCGGUUAGCUUAGUUUUAAGUAGAUAUAGUAAUUGAUUGUAUGUGUAUGACUGAUAUUCAACUUCGAUUUGUAGGCGUACUUUAAUUUUUUUCGAGGAUAGGUUUAAUGAUGUUAACAAUUUUUGUUUGUGCGUUUACUGACAGAUCUCUAUCAACGUGGUUACGUGCUUGAGGUCCAAGCUUGUUUUGUGCGGAGUGCCUUUUGGUUUAGGGCAGUUUAAAGUAGAUGCCAAGUUAGUAGAUUCCUAUCCAGAUCUGUGAGUAAUGCACAUAAAUUUACAUGACAUUCUUGCUUGAAAGCUCGAAACAUUUUAAAACAUCACAAGCGUAUUUACAAAAAUAAUUUUUUAAACUGGUACAUUGAAUUUGAUAAAUUGACAUUUUUGAUUCCUGAAUGCAAUGCUAAAAAUAAUAGUGAUGGGAUUUAAAGUGAAUCAAAAUCACGUUUACCUGUUAUAGUCAGGUGAAUUUAAAUUGUGGUUUUAAAUGGUUAAUCUAAGUGAUUCACCGAUCGACAGUCUAAUUUAUGUAUAUUUCAUGCAAUCCCUAUCUAGAGCAUAGUGCAGUUGAAUAAUGUUGUCGAACAAUUAAAAGUAACGCUAACCUAGAAAGUAACAUGGCAAACAAUAUUCAAUACAAUAAUAGAAAUUUACUGAUAGUUUGAUAAUGUCGUCACUAUAAUUUUUUUCUUGCGGCAAGUACUUGGUCUAUGAGGAUUUUUUGGCAAUAUUCCUGUUAUUUCGAUGUUAUUUUCUUAUUUGUGUUCAACAAUACUAUUUUGAAGUAUCGACUUUUUUUAAUUAUGAUCUCUCAUGUAUGAUUCACUGCUUCUAAUUAUUAACUAAAUCAGCUCGAUAUUAAGAUUUGUUAGCUAAUUCGGUCUUGCCUAUCGUAACAUUAGCGCGUUCUUUUCAAUAUUUUUUUAGUUGAAAUAACAGAAAAAGUUGUUAAGUAUUCAACUUUUUGUUUUUUUUGUAAAUAUAUGAAAUGUGCAUAUAGAUUAUUAUAUCGGGUUUAUAAAAGUGUUUAUAAAUUAGGCAUACAUUCAUCGAUAUUAGAUUGUGUUAGAAGAAUUGUUUUAAUACUUUACUCAUGUACAUGUAGGAAGGCCUUUUCAAAGUGUAAUUGUUGGGGGGAGGGGGCACACGCGCCUAUAUUUUUAUUAACAUAAUUGCUAUGUAAACAUGUGUUCGAAUAAUCAUUUUGAAUAGGCCCAAUUUUUUUUUAUAUAGAUAUCGAUGUUUCACCUUAAAGUAUCAAUAAAUUCAAAGAUUCUUAGGUAAAAUAAUACAGACUGUAAAUCGGUUAAAUUAAUACUUGUUUAGAGUAUGUUUUUUUAUCUUAUUUUUCACUUAUUCUGUAAUUUGAUCGUGAAUUAAAGCUUUUUAUAUAAAACGUAUUGUUUAGUGAUAUUUUUUUACUCUAUUAAACAUGUAUUCCAGA